AUGGUGAACAAGUGUGCUGCCUAUGGUUGCAAAAGUGGAUACAAAUCAAAUGCUGCGAUAGAUGCUGAAAACAAAGUGUCUUUUCAUUCCUACCCAGUCAAUGAUCCUGAACUUUGUGCAAAGUGGAAUAAGGCAAAUCCACGAAGGGAUUUUAUUCCAAGCAGACAUUCAAAGAUGUGCUCUUUGCAUUUUCGACCUUCGGAUUUUGUUGAUAAAUAUUCUGAUACAAAUUCAACAAGAUAUAAAAACAAAACAAGCAAUAGUGAGUCCAGAAUCAAGCAAGAAUUAAAGCCUGGAACAAUUCCAACAAUAUUUAAUGCACCAUCAUAUGCAUCAACAAUCGAGCAUCUACCUACCUACAACAAAUUCAUCUGCUGCGUGUGGUCGAGAAGGUGA